CCUGCCCCGCACAGCACACAGCUCUCCGGGCCGGGGCUGAGCAGCCAGACGGAGCCAGCGCCUGACUGGCUGGGAGGGCGCCGGGACUCAGGUCACCCCGGGAGGGGCCGCGGCUGAGGGCACAGGGAGCGGCGGGAGGGCGUCCAGGGGGCGCCCACCCGCUUCCCUCAGCGCCGCCUCCAGUCGGGCGCAGCCGGAGCCUGAGGAUGGAGGCCGGAGGCGGCGCGGGCGUGGCAGGAAUAAAAGAGAGAAGAGAAGAUGAAGUCUGGUACUUGAAAAUAUCAAAGUUGGCACUGGCUUUAGCAAUUAUCCACUCAAAACCACCAGAAAAAAGCUGCAAAGAAUACACAGAGCAACUUGCCAAAAUUCUAUCUGAACAAGAUUUUAAAUGGAAAUCAAAAAUUAAAACAUUAGAAGCUGAAGUUCUUCAAUUGCGUCAGGAAAUUCUUUUGAACAAAAUCUGUCCAAGACUCUGCUUGGAAAAUGAUCCAGGUGAUGUAUGACAUUACCCAAUAUGAGAAUAUUUUUUCUUUGUGCAUGAUUUUGGAACAACUUCUUCACAUUGGGACAGAAGGUAACAUUUCAAGCCAAGAUUCUAAUGGAGAAGAAAAGGAUAAAUUUCUGAAGAACCUUGAUCAAAUUAUUCUUCACCUUUCUGAUGAUUUCCCCUUGUUUUCUUUAUCUAUGUGGAGGCUAAGUAUUCUUCUGAACUCAGCUCAAAUGAAAAUUGAUUAAAAUAACUUGUCUUCAUUUUAGCAGCACAUUCCUUACGACACUGGAAAACUCUUAAACCAGACCAUAAAAUGGACAUUAUUGAAAAAUAAUUACUUUCAAUUACUAUGCUACACAACAGUAUAUAAGAUAAUGAAGUUGUUUCCCAUUCUAUAUAUAGAAAAAACAUCAUAUCUUGGAUACCACAGCGGAUAAAUGUGGGCUUAUAAAAUAUAAUGAUGUCUGCAUAAAUGGAAUCUGAGCAGAAAAGAGAACCAAUAUAUGUAACAGUAAGAGUAAAUAUGAUAAACUUUUAACACCAAGAUCUAAAAAUAAUGGUUGCACAUUAAGUGAAGCUACUAAGUCUAUAUUUGGGGACAUAAAUACAUGGUCUUAUUUUCGAAAGUAGUACAUAUCCAGCACCUCCUGUAUACUUUAGAGCAAAUUUAUUAGUUCUGAGCAAUUUAGGAAAUAUACAUUUAGUAGCCUAACUUCAGGCAUUCUUAAAAAAAUGUAGCCAGUUUGUUAAGAUUAGAUGACAUACAUAGCAAAGACUACUAUCAUAUAGUAGAAAUAAAAGCAUAUGUUCAUACGUCUAAGAUUAGUGACUUUCAGAAGAAAAAUAUUAGUUGAGAAUGGACAUUUUGUACACGUACACCACUACGAGACUUUUGUCCUCAAUUAUUUCUAACCUCAGAUUUUACCAACAUAUUUGUUUCAUGAUUGAUUUAAUAAAUACAUGAUUUAUACCUUUUUUACUUUUACCAUAUGCACUGCUCAUUUGUAGAGCAUACACUGAAUCUGAUUCACUCUGGUGUAACUGAAGUUAACAACCAAAAUAAACUGGACUCAUUUUGUAAUUGCUUUAGACUUCCUAAAAGUCAUAAGGUAGGUAGAUAAAAUCCCAUUUAUAUAUUCACAUAUUAUGUCAAUUUUUUACCUUUUUUCCUAUUUCUUUAUAGAGGAAUUAAAUAAACAGUUCCAUAACAAAAAUUUUCUUUAACAUGAAAUUACUUUAAAAAAAGUGCAACAUUUUUCUCAGUGACCCAGAAUCUUUAUCUCUUGGCAGGGUAACUACUACAAUGCAGUACAGUUUUGUCAAGUAGUUCAAACAAUGCUAAUAUCAUUUUGUGCUAUGUACAGAAUCACUUAAUAAAUUACACAUUAAAUGUUUCUCCUCAUAAUUCCCAUCACAAAAUUUGUUUCAGAUCAGUUUGUUACAAAAAAUAAUUGAAACAACUUCAGUACCAUUCAAAAAUAUUUGUUGUAUUAAUUUUGAAUAAUUUCUGACUAUCAGCCUAUAGUUUUAAAAGAUAUUAAUAUUAUGUUACAAAAUAAGUUGUGAUACUGUUGUUAUUUAGGUAUACUGUCUUACCAAGGAAAUUGUUGUAAUUUCUAUUUACUACUCUAACAUUAUGCUUUAACUAUUAAACUUAAUUUUUGGUUAUAA